AGUUGAGAUUCUUCACAGUGAGAACAGAAACAAAUCUGAUAUUUUAACCAGCCUGCAGUGCUACUGUCUGGAUAUUAACCAGGAGGGAAUACAAGCAGUAUACACAACAUUACCUUCAGGCUUAGAUGGAAAGGGCAAAACAAUGAGCAUUGUCAAGCAUGGGCUUCAAGCUGGAAAUUGGACCAAGCUAGGUUUGAUUUCCAGCUCUGCUCCUGAUCUAUAUCAACUUAGCUUAACCAAUGAUAAAGAGAACCUUAUUGGUAGCGUUGUAGAGGGGUUCAUCAUUUGGCCGCUGGGGCCAAAUGGAAUAUCUACCCUGACUAAACUAAAUCUACCAACAGAGUUCAGAAAUGUUAUUUCAAGACCAGCAGGAUCUAAUUCAUGUAUUAUUAACAAGGAGAAAGAUAAGGCUAUAGCUGGUGUACGUGAGUACAUGUUCAUAUGGGAUGUCCACUCGGAAACACUGAUUAAAUAUUUCAAGGCCCAUUAUGGACGGAUCAUUCACAUGUCCUCACUUACAGAAGGAGAUUGGAACUGCGCUGUAUCUUCUUCAAUGGAUCGAACAAUUAAGGUUUGGUCAAUGUCUAAUAUUGUAGAGCAGGUUUAUCAUAUUCAGAAACAUGAAAAUCAAAUAGAAAAACUGGAGGUGGGAGAAAGUGCAGGGUUGGCUGUUUCCAUGACCCGGAGUAAUGUUGGAAUAUGGAAUCUAAAAACUGGAGAACUAACAACUAAUAUUUCAAAGGUUGCUGUAUCAGAGUCGGAUAAACUGUACAUCUGGAGCUUAACCAACAGAGCUGUAGUAUCAGCUACUGAGGAGCCUGGAAUAGAACAAAUGUUCUUUAAUUCCAUGGAUUUAAGAAUAAUCACUGCCAGACCUUUGGAAAAUCAGGUUUACAUAUCCUGCAGAGAGGUUUCUACUUUAAACCUUAUCUACGAUAUACAAACAUAUAUCAAGAAGUUUAGACAGGUUUGUGUAACCCCUGACAAUUACUAUCUGGUCCUACUGGGUUAUGAUGAUACUGCAAGGAAGGAACAGUUAUCUAUCUAUCAUCUUUAUAAAGGAACAUAUCUAUUCAGGAUACAACUCCGGUACCCCCAGCUCCGGGACGUUUACAGACUAGUUGGGUUUAAUCAGUUUCACGUAGCUCUUAUAGACUCGGAGAAGGCAAAUCUUAUUAAUCUCAGAGAAAAGAAAUUCUCUAGGUCGAUUUUAAAAUGGAGUGGAGAGAAAACUAAAGAUCAGAACUAUGGACUUGGUGCCCCCGCCAGAGGGGGUCUUUAUCUCAUAGAUUUGAAAUCAGGGAAUAUAUCUGCUACCUACAUAGAGCAAGUGAACGAGGGUGUUUUUAGAAGAAAUGCUGGGUUUACAGAGAAUGAAGAAUAUGUUUGGUAUUAUCACAGUGGAAGGAAGACUAUCAGAUUGUUUCGAACCCUGGAAGGAGUAAUGAUCAGUAACUUGUGCAUAGCAGGGGAUAUUCUAGCCAUAGCGUCAACCUCAUGGUCUUUACUAGCAGGUGGUGUUGACGGUUCAUUAAGUAUGUACUGCAUAGCUGAUCCAAGGAUUCAAGAGAAACGAAACCUUCUCUUUAACCUUCCCAGCAGAACAGGAGACCUGGAUACAUCCCAGUUAAUGCUGCGACGGAAUCCCCUGGUUAGGUUCAGGGUAGCAGCUAGAGUCAGUAUUCUUCUUCUCAGGAGAUUAGAAAGAUUAAGACAAAGGAGACCGAAAUCAGAAAAUGAUAUUUGUAGCAUUUCAUGAUUAAUAAAUUUUUGAUUUCUUGCCAAAACAAAAUUUCGAUAAAAAAGCAUUCAUAUCUAUUAAUUCAAAAAAGGAUUUAGAAAAUUCUACACUUUUAUAUUAGCCCCCCCCCUCACCCCCCUCUACAACUUGUUUUUUAAAUCUCUUCCCUCCGCUUUGUGUAAUUUGUUUGCGGAACUACUUUUUCAAAUGUUGUGCUGUUGCCAACUUUUUGUAUUGUGGGCGGAGGAGAGAAAGCAGUUUUCUAACUCUUAAUCAAUCAUUUUUACUCGCGGUCAAUCAGAUCCUCGUUUUAUUCAAAUUACGCGCAUAUUUAAUUCAACAUUUUUAAUCUUGAAACUUGUGAUAUAAUUUCAUUAUUAUUGCUUACAUAGAGGUAUGCAAUAUAAAACAAGUUUUAAUAUUUACA